AUGGCCAGCACCGGUUCGGAUGUGGAGCUCCUGCUGGAGGCGGAGCGCCCGGAGCACCGCUUUGCCUUCCCGCGUCGCGUGGCCUUGGUACUCGGCUGCGUGGGGCUCGUGACGGUGGGCAUCUUGGCUCGCGGCGGAGCACGUGGCCUCCGCAGCAAGUCGGAUGCCUUCGUGGUCUUGGAGGAAAAUGCAGGCUGCUUCGAGGCCGCUACCUACUACAAGAGCCCAAUCAAGAUGGAUGGAACAGAGAGGACCAGUGAGAUGACAUUGGAGGCUUGCCAGCAGCGUUGCUUGUCGGUUGACGGUUGUGCCCACUUCACCUUCUGGCCUGAUGGAGGCUGCCUCCUGACAGAUGAGUCAUCAGUUGCUUCACCUGCCCCGGAGAAGCACGCAGAGACAGUAUCCGGACCACCAUACUGCGGGGAGAAGCCGCCAGCCGUGGAGAGCGAUGCUGGCACUGACAUGGAAGAAGAGGAGGUGAAGGCAAGUGUUGAGACCCCAGCACUUGCUCCAGUUCCCACCGUGGCGCCCGUGGCAGGCAUCAACGGCACCACGUGCGCAAAGUACCCUGCUUGUGUUGCUCUCGGAAUCGAGGAGGGGAAUUGCUGCCCCAACGACGAUAGCGUGGCACUUGGCUGCUGCAUGGGAUUUGCACCCGUCAUCGCAGCUCCGAAGAUCGCCGCUGGGACCGAGUGCUCGUCCUUUCCUGCGUGCGUGACUCUCAACCUUACCGGUGCUUGCUGCCCGGCCCCUGAUGGCACGCGCCUGGGCUGCUGCGACUCGAUCUAG